GGGGACGACAUAACUGACACCAUUUUGAACGAAUCCCAGAGUGAUGUUUAUAUUGGGUUACAUACCCCAUAUAUAUUUGUUUCCAAUCGGAAACGCGAAGGCGGGACUGAAGGGAAGAAAGUGUCGCGUUGCGUGCACCCAAGUUAGGUUGAUUGUAGUGUGAGAGGCCGUCGUCUACUGGUGUAAUUCGGCGACAGGGAGGAAAAUACUGUUUAAAAUCGAUUUUUACAUCUUCAAGGGAAAUAUUGACUUUGUCGUGAAGUGUUUGGCCGGUAAUUUUGCACACAAACUGUCGUUUACAAACAGGCAUUGUAGCAUCGGGAGUAUCUGCGGAAUCCGUGUAGGGCUACCACAGAAUCCUGGGACAUAAAAGAACAUCGUACUAUGCAACAGUGAGCAGCACCUGACCCUUUCAAGCCUUUAUUCCACUGGUUCCAGGUGACCCUGUGGCCCCCCCCCCCCCUCUUCCUGCGUGGUUCUCCCGCCCCCUUCCACUUCACCUAACCCCUGCCCCUCCACACACACCUUCACGGGGCUGCUCGCACAGCCCCCCCCCCCCAGCCCCCCCCCUCCCAGAAAACACACGGGGCCUAAAAAGAAAACACUCGACACACACACACACACCUCACCAACUCCCCUCAGCCCCCCUCUGAGUUCACCCUCUGCUCCUUACCCACUGGGGGGCUGAUUACUCUCACACACACGCACACAUAUACACACACACACAAAACAAUCAAAAGGAGUGAGAACCACACACAUACGCAACCAACUCGCUUGCCCCUUCUUCGCCUCCCACCUGGUUUAUCCGGCGUCCCCCCACCCCCCUCCUCUUCCUCUUCAUCCUCCUCAGUCAUGUCCUCCAUCUUGCCCUUCACCCCGCCGGUGGUGAAGCGUCUCCUCGGCUGGAAGAAGUCGGCGAGCGGCUCGGGAGGUGCCGGCAGUGGCGGCGGCGGCGAGCAGAAUGGCCAGGAGGAGAAGUGGUGCGAGAAGGCCGUCAAGAGCCUGGUAAAGAAGCUCAAGAAGACCGGUCAGCUGGACGAGCUGGAGAAGGCCAUCACCACGCAGAACUGCAACACCAAGUGUGUCACCAUCCCCAGCAAUUGCUCUGAAAUGUGGGGUCUGAGCUCGCCCAAUACGAUAGAACAGUGGGAAACGUCGGGCCUAUACAGCUGCCCUGACACGACCAGGUCUCUGGAUGGCCGUCUGCAGGUGUCCCACAGGAAGGGUCUUCCUCACGUCAUCUACUGUCGCCUGUGGCGCUGGCCCGACCUGCACAGCCACCACGAGCUGCGCGCCAUCGACACCUGCGAGUACGCCUUCAACCUCAAGAAGGAUGAGGUCUGCGUCAACCCUUAUCACUACCAGAGGGUGGAGACGCCAGUACUCCCCCCUGUCCUUGUGCCAAGACACACAGAGAUCCUGACUGAGCUGCCUCCUUUGGAUGACUACACCCAUUCCAUCCCCGAAAACACCAACUUCCCCGCCGGGAUCGACCCACCAAACAACUACAUACCUGAGACUCCCCCUCCGGGCUACAUCAGUGAGGAUGGAGAGACAAGUGACCAGCAGUUGAAUCAAAGUAUGGACACAGGUUCCCCAGCUGAGUUGUCUCCCAGCACACUCUCACCUGUAAACCAUGGCAUGGACCUACAGCCGGUGACCUACUCGGAGCCCGCGUUCUGGUGCUCCAUAGCGUACUACGAGCUGAACCAGCGUGUGGGCGAGACUUUCCACGCCUCACAGCCCUCGCUCACCGUGGACGGCUUCACUGACCCGUCCAACUCGGAGCGCUUCUGCCUGGGCCUGCUGUCCAACGUCAACCGCAACGCCACCGUGGAGAUGACCCGCAGACACAUAGGCCGAGGUGUGAGACUGUACUACAUCGGUGGAGAGGUGUUUGCGGAGUGUUUGAGCGACAGCGCUAUCUUCGUUCAGAGCCCCAACUGUAACCAGCGGUAUGGAUGGCACCCUGCCACAGUCUGCAAAAUCCCCCCAGGCUGCAACCUGAAGAUCUUCAACAACCAGGAGUUUGCAGCCCUGCUGGCCCAGUCGGUGAACCAGGGCUUCGAGGCCGUCUACCAGCUCACCAGGAUGUGCACCAUCCGCAUGAGCUUCGUCAAGGGUUGGGGCGCCGAGUACAGACGACAGACGGUCACGAGCACCCCAUGCUGGAUCGAGCUGCAUCUCAACGGGCCUCUGCAGUGGCUAGACAAGGUUCUGACCCAGAUGGGCUCUCCUUCGGUCCGCUGUUCCAGUAUGUCCUAAAGCCCAACCCCCACCCCCCGCCACCACGACCGUUGCCCCCGACAACCGAGUCUACAAUCACAUAAGAGAAAGAAAAAGAAAAAAAAAACAAACAAAAAAACAAACAAAAACGACAAAAAACAAACAAAACAAAACUAUGACAACUAGAAGAACAACAGACUUGCUAUAACCCCUAUUUCAUAGUACUUGUGAAUCCUUUUUCUCUUUCUCUUUCUCUCUUUCUCUCUUUCUCUCUGUCUUCUCUCGCUUUCUCCUGACACUGAUGUGUUCUCUGUUCAGAACAGAGCCCGGCACUUGCUGUUUGUUCAGCUUCACGCACCUUUGAUUCUUUUCUCCUAAACCCUCAAUAUUAAGUGUAUUAGUGGUAGAACUGAAAUGUAUAUUGAUUUUUAGAAGACCAGGGAAAGAUGUGUAUGUUGUGGGGAAUCAUCAGAAGGCAGGUAAUACUUGGCACAAGUGUUGCAGUGAGCUUUUUUUUUUUCUAUAAUUUUUUUUUUUCCCUCAAUGAAGUUAUGAAAUUUUAAACGGUAAAUACUUCUGGCUUUGAGCUCUGAAAAUUUGUCUGCUGGACAAAACUCACUUUUUCUGGCAAAAAGUUGCAUUUCUGACAUUUUUGUUGUCUUUGCAAGACUAAUUGAAAAGGUCCAAAAGUGUUAACUCUCAUUGAUCUUGCCUGUUAUUUUCCUCAGUUUAUAUUGUUUUUGUUCUGAAAGGAAUGCCAAAAGAUGCUCUCCCCCGCCCCCUUUCCAUUUCCAAAAAAAAAAGGUUAAAUCACGAUUGCUGCCCCCUACCUCACCCCCCCCCCCCCCCCCACUUGAAGAGAAUGUUGCCUUUUUUAAUUUGAGGUGUGCUGUUCUAAGACAUGCUUCUUUUAAAUUGAAUAGGAACAGGUAGGAAUGUUAUGUCAUAAAGGAAACCCAGGCAAAACUCCAAUCACGUGAAAGCUAUUAAACCCCGCCCCCAAUCUGACACACCUAGCAGAAGUUCCGCUCUGGCCCGAGGCACUCUGGUGCUGGUUCUGAGCCUCGGUGCGGCUGUCUCGGCCUCCUCUCUCGGACCCGAGACGGGCUGGUCAGAGCCGUGGCAUCCAGAGCGACUUACUUUUCAGCUUGGGGCUUCUAGUGAAUUCUGUUCUUGCGGUCACUUACGAAUAAAUUGAUAACUAACACGGUCUCUCAGUCCAAAAUCUUUCAAAAUUCAAGUAUUUAAGCUUUAAGUGUUGAUAAACUAGGCUAUCCUACACAAUUACAAGAUUAUUUUUUUGCUUUUAUCUUUCUUUUAGCUACUUUUUGUAUUUUCAUGUAUUUUUAUAUAUAAAUAUAUUUAAAAUCUUUAAAGCUCUCUUCCUUUUUAUUAGAAUUGAAUAUUUUUUUAGAUCAUGCCCUCUUUUUAUCGGAACAUGGUUUCAUAAAGUUCAAGUCCCGUCACAAAAAAAAAAAAAGGAUUCCGCAGACGCCACCUACCCCAGUCUCCUAGCCCGUCGCUCCUCUCCUGCAUGUGCCCUCUCACAGAAAACAAACAAACAAAAACAUACAAUCAGCUGAACAGGCCUCUUAACUUCACCUUUUCACUUUUCUUUCUUUUUCCUUCCUUUUGUUCCAUAGUCAGAGGAAAUAAACUGCCCUUGCUUUAUUGUUUUCAUGGAGCGCAAACUACCCCCUCCCCACACCCCAAGAGGUCAUUCAAUCAAUGGAAAUCCCACCUUGAGUCCAAUGUUGAGCAAAGUUGGCUGUGUUUCAUUAAAUUUCCAAUUGGAACGUGGAAUUCUAAAAAAGUUUGGAAUCUUAAAAUGAGAGGCUGCUUACACAGGGAGAGUAGUGCAAUUUUUUUUCCUCUUUAGUGUGUGCUUGUUCUACGACUUACUAAUAACUGUGAGCUAGCUGUCUGUCAUUCUUUACUUGUUGUGGCAGUGGCGAGACUUAUUUCAUUUUUAUUUUUAUUAUUAUUAUUAUUAUUAUUUUCUGUGAAAUCUCCAUUCCUGUUCCUUCCUGCCCUGCCCAUUCUCUUUUGAUUUGAUCUGUCUUUGUUGAUCUUAUUACACUUGUGAUUGUAUUUCAAGUGCACCUAGUGAGAGUAGACAAAGAUGAUUGACAUGGCCAUUGCCAUGCCAACUCUGGGGAUCAUCGUGCCCACAUCAUUUUGACUGGGGAUGGAAAAAGGAUACCAAAUAGAUCUGUAAGUGGACCAGACAUAUAUGCAUAUAUAUGUGUAUAUAUAAUUUUAUUUUACUUUUUUUCAAUAAAAAAAAAAUGUUUUUGGCAAAGCAUUUAACAGUUGGUGAGCUUGUUCUACAAUUAGAGAUGUUGAGGGUAGGACGUGUACUUCAGGCGAUAAGCUUUUCAGGCGUGUUGCAUAUGCAGACUUCAUAAAUACACUAAUAAAAGUUUUAAUUCUCAUGGUCA